GCACGCGCGCGGAGCAGCUGUCCCCGCCGGUGUUCCCGGUGCCGCCGCCAUCACCGGUCAUGGUGCUGGACUUGGACCUGUUCCGCGCCGACAAGGGCGGAGACCCCGCCAUGGUGCGGGACAUGCAGCGCAAGCGCUUCAAGGACCCCGCGCUGGUGGAUGCGCUGGUGCGAGCGGACGGCGCCUGGCGGAGGUGCAGGUUUCGUGCCGACAACUUGAACAAGCUGAAGAACCUAUGUAGCAAAACCAUUGGGGACAAGAUGAAGAAAAAGGAGCCAGUAGGAACAGAUGAAUCAGUACCAGAGAGUGCACAGAACCUAGAUGAACUCACGGCUGAUGUCCUGGGGAGUCUCCAGGUAUCCCAGAUAAAGAAAGUUCGGCUGCUCAUUGAUGAAGCCAUCCUGGAGUGUGACUCUGAGCGCCUGCGGCUGGAGGCUGAACGCUUUGAGAGCCUCCGGGAGAUUGGGAACCUCCUCCACCCCUCUGUGCCCAUUAGCAACGAUGAGGAUGUGGACAACAAGGUGGAGCGGGUUUGGGGUGACUGCAGCUGCAGGAAGAAGUAUUCCCAUGUGGAUCUGGUGGUGAUGGUGGAUGGCUAUGAGGGGGAAAAGGGUGCCGUGGUGGCUGGCAGCCGUGGCUACUUUCUUAAGGGCCCACUGGUGUUCCUGGAGCAGGCACUGAUCCAGUACGCACUGCAGAGCCUCCGUGCCCGGGGGUACACCCCUGUGUACACCCCUUUCUUCAUGCGCAAGGAGGUGAUGCAGGAGGUGGCCCAGCUCAGCCAGUUUGACGAGGAGCUUUACAAGGUGAUCGGGAAGGGCAGUGAGCGGGCAGAGGACAGUUCCAUUGAUGAGAAGUACCUGAUCGCCACGUCGGAGCAGCCUAUCGCUGCCCUGCACCGAGAUGAGUGGCUGCGGCCCGAGGAUCUGCCCCUCAAGUAUGCGGGACUCAGCACCUGCUUCCGCCAGGAGGUGGGAUCCCAUGGCAGGGACACCCGUGGCAUCUUCCGUGUCCACCAGUUCGAGAAGAUUGAGCAGUUUGUCUACUCCUCUCCCCAUGACAACAAAUCCUGGGAGAUAUUUGAGGAGAUGAUGGCCACAGCUGAGGAGUUCUACCAGUCCCUCGGGAUUCCCUACCACAUUGUCAACAUUGUCUCAGGCUCCCUGAACCACGCAGCCAGCAAAAAACUGGAUCUGGAGGCCUGGUUCCCUGGCUCUGGCGCCUUCCGUGAGCUCGUCUCCUGUUCCAACUGCACCGACUACCAGGCCCGGCGCCUGCGCAUCCGCUAUGGCCAGACCAAGAAGAUGAUGGACAAGGUAGAGUUUGUGCACAUGCUGAAUGCCACCAUGUGUGCUACCACCCGCACCAUCUGCGCCAUCCUGGAGAACCACCAGACCCCCGAGGGCAUCCGCAUCCCUGAGAAACUCCAGAACUUCAUGCCCCCAGACCUGCGGGAGCUGAUUCCAUUCAUCAAGCCAGCACCCAUUGACCAGGAGCUCUCCAAGAAGCAGAAGAAGCAGCAAGAAGGGGGGGGAAAGAAGAAGGCAGGGGGGGGACGCGACCAGGUGUUGGAGGAGCAGAUGAAGAACAUGGAGGUCUGAGGGUGUCCCCCUGCACCCAAAGGACAUUGGGGGCCUCCUGAGUCAUCUCACCUUCAUUGCCAGGCUGUGCUCUUCACCAUCGUCUUUGCCUCGGAGGGGAGUCACUGCCUGUCCCCCCCUCCGUGCCCCAAAGAAUUGACACUGUCAUGGCGCUGCCCCUCUCCCUAUGUGUCCCCCCUACCCUGCCGCGAGGGGCCAGGAUCCCCCAUGUGUCCCCCUCAUGCUGAGUGGUGCUGGGGACCCCCUGCUCACUUUACAUUUCCCUCCUCCAUCCGAAAUAAAGCCAAGAGCUGCU